AUGACGUCAUCCCAUUGUAGGAGUGCUACUCCGCCGCUUACUCGGACCUCAUCCACGGAUCUCGCGUGUCCUAUAUCGCCGGAUCUGUCGCGGCGCGCGCUCUCCCCAGAUCUAUCAAUAAACUUUACGCGCCAUCGUCCAUUGUCUCCGGACGUCUUGGAGCAUUGCCGACCUUUGUCCCCGGAUUUUGCUCGACGAUCGCGUUCACCAGCUAGACCGAGGUCGCUUAUGGAGUCGCUGCUGGUGGCGAAGAUGGAAGCUUUGAGUACGGGGAAGUUGGUGCGUACUGAUUCUAUGGACAGCUGUAGCAGCUUUGGGUCAAUGUCCUCAUUACCAAGUGAUGUGUGCCGUUGUGAUGAUUGUCUACUUGGAAUUGUGGACUUCUAUAUGCCAAAUCCUUCUGAAUUGAAUAAGACGUUAAAAAAGGUGAGUGAAAAUUGUUUUCUUUGUUAG